AUGGGUUGCUGUCUCUCCCGUGAUGGGGGUCCCAACUCCCCCUACCCAGGCGGCGCCGGCGCCGGCGGCUCUGCCCGAGCGAUAAAUGAGGCUGCCCAAGCAGCUGGCACUACCAGCUCACAAACCGGCAUUGAUGAAUCACUCUCCUCUACCUCCCAUCGCCGGCGUAGGCACUCGAACCAACCACUGACUCAGCACAUCAAUAAGCCCUUGCGGCGGCACGAGUGGACCAGCCACGAUAGGCAAUGGACCCCUGCGGCCUUGCGGCGCGAGCGAACCGAGUUUUUUGAAACCAGAGUUACCGGGAGAGAGGAGAUAUGGCAAGCGUUGCGUACUGCACUCGAGGUGCUUUGGGCUGCCGACGAGGCGGCGCGCAACCGUCGCUUCCCGCGAAUGAGCGAGGAAGAUGGGCCAAGCGAGGAAGACCCGGCUGUUGCUUUAGCGACUGCUCAGAGCAUCCUCGAUGCCGCCGAUAUCACCCUACCCACUGGCGACUUGUAUAAUGGUGCAUAUGAUGCGCUCGGCAACUACUACCCGCUGACUCAUCCGGUUGUCGCCGACCCUGUGAACAUGCUGUGGAGUCCUGGCUCCCCCGAAGAGGAAGAACUUGACGAUGUCAAAGCCGACCUGACAGCUGGCGAAGAAACGGAGCGAGAGUGCGGUGACGAGGAGGCUGAGCGGCGAAGGGAGGAGAAAGGCAAGGCCGUCUUGGAUGUCCGGAAUCAGAUCACCAUCAGAGCGAGGCUGAGUGACGGAUCCGGGGAUGUCAGCGUUACGGUGGGCAAAGGAGACUCUGUUCGCCGCAUCGCAAGACAGAUUGCAGAGGAAGGAAAACUACUCUCUACCAAGAAAGUCCGGAUCGCCUACAUGGGCAAAAUCCUCCAAGAGAAUUCUACCCUCAGGAACCAGGGCUGGAAGCAAGGACAUGUCAUCAACGCCUUGGUGUUCGAUCGUUAG